UCGAUGCAUCGCUUGCAUCUUCAGUCGAACUAGGAGUAAUUUUUCUGAUUUUUAUUUAAUUCACUAGCUGAACACGUAUUUAUUUAUUCUUAAUAAGAAUAUAAUCAUGUUUUCGUAAAAUUUGUUUGGCAUAAAGCAGACCUAGUAAAAUACAUACAAGAAAAUAGGUAUAUAGAUGCAGAAGAAAUCAGCGCACUGGAAUCUACUUGGCAAUUACAUUUCGGCAUAAUAAAGCAAAUGUAACCUUUUGGAACAUAUACAUAUAUGCAUGGAAUCUUCAUGGAACCCAAAAAUAUAUAAAUGGUAAUUUAGGAUAUUGGCAUUUGCGCAUACUAUGGACAAUAAUGUAGAGGGUGCAAGACAAAACGGCAGCAACAAAAGCAGUAACAUCACGGCCAGCACAGUAACAGCAACGAAGGUUAAUAGCAGUAAUAUUGGGGUCAUCACCAACAUUGGUAGCAGCGGUACAAAUUCAUCAUUUUGGAAGAACAGUGGGCGAUUGGUGCCAGGACGUCCAAGCCCUAAGCGCGGUGACGACACGAGUUUAAUCAGCAGCAGUGUUGACGGAGAUUUGGUUCGUACAAGCGGUGGCAAAGGUGACGGUAUGGUAUCCACAUUUCGUGAUUAUCAGCAGUCUGUAAGCGAUGCUUGGGACACAGGUGAUGACGAAUUCUGCAUAAUGUCAGGAGCAGCAGCAAGUGCUGCUUCGGCAAAUGAUUCGCGUAUAUCAAAAAAAGUGUCGCAAACAGCGGCGUUAAAUGUUAUUGAAACGCAUCGAAAUUCAGCAACCACUUCCACCGUACGCUCAUCAGCAGCUACAUCGAGUGCAGCAAACGCGAAAUCAACAAGAGUGCCAACCGUGACAAUAAAGUCAGAGCAGCAACUACAACGCCACAGAUUGCAGCAUUCAAUCAGUCAAACAAGCGAGGAAGGAGCUCCAUCAAAUGACUCGAAGAACGAUACUGAAGCAAGAAUGAAAGUUGUGCGCAAUUUUCAUGCAUAUCCGGGACGACCACAGCUACAGAAGUUUAGUUCAAAUGCGCAAGAAACCGAAUAUGAGACUAAAAUUGAAAAAUUCCAACUGUUGCUAGACUCGCCACUUUUAGAUUUGGUGGCGCUAAAGAAGCUCAGCUGGUCGGGGGUACCAAAGAAGAUGCGUGCAGUUAGUUGGCGGCUGUUAUCAAAAUAUUUACCACCAGCUGGGGAGAGGCGCAAUGCGGUGCUCGAAAGCAAGAGACAGGGCUAUCAGGAUUUGCGGCAUAAUUAUUUUAGAGUCGACAGCCAGGACGAAUCGCAACAGGACACCUACAGGCAGAUACAUAUCGACGUACCCCGUAUGAAUCCACAAAUAUCACUAUUUCAACAAAAGCUCGUGCAGGAAAUGUUUGAGCGAAUUUUAUUCAUUUGGGCCAUACGUCACCCAGCCUCGGGGUAUGUACAGGGCAUAAAUGAUUUGGUGACCCCAUUUUUUAUUGUGUUCUUGCAAGAAGUAUUGGAGCCAGGCACCGAUUUGGAAAAAUUCAAUAUUGAUAACCUAUCAGUGGACAAAAGGGACGCCAUUGAAGCAGAUUCAUUUUGGUGUCUCUCCAAAUUUCUAGAUUGCAUCCAGGACAACUACAUAUUUGCGCAAUUAGGUAUACAAGAGAAGGUAAAUCAAUUAAAGGAUCUUAUACAGCGGAUUGAUGGAAAUCUGCAUCGCCACUUGCAAGCACACGGCGUGGACUACCUGCAGUUUUCGUUUCGUUGGAUGAAUAAUUUACUAACACGUGAGCUGCCACUGCAUUGCACCAUACGCUUGUGGGACACAUACCUCGCCGAGUCUGAUGGUUUUGCACUCUUCCAUUUGUAUGUAUGUGCGGCAUUUCUAUUACAUUGGAAGGAUAGAUUAAUGCAACAAAACGAUUUUCAAGGCCUCUUGCUGCUGCUACAAAAUCUGCCAACCGAAAAUUGGUCCGACCGUCAGAUAAAUGUUUUAGUUGCGGAAGCGUUUCGUCUCAAAUUCACAUAUGCGGAUGCACCAAAACACCUAGAAGUGAAAAGUUGACACCAGAAAAGAGAAUAUAUUUACGAAUACGUGGCAUAGAUUUGAUUAAUGUUAUAAAUGCAUUUGUUCUGGUACCCUGAGAAAAACAGAAAUUGGGUAAGGCAAACAAUCACGAAAUUAAAUGAUGUGCAACUGGAUCAAUAAGACAAGACACAUACAAACAUAUGGCAUACAUAUAAGGUUAUUAUAAUAAUAAUUAUAUAUUAUUGCUAAUACUUUGUAUAUAUUACAUCAAAAUAUUUAACUCAAUGAUGCAUAAAAAAAUUGUCAAAGAAUUUAUAAUUAUGUCGCAUAUACAUAUGUAUCAUAACACGAAACGUAAACAAAGUUGCAAUUCUUUUAUAUAAAUAAUACAAUUAUAAAUAAAUUUAAAACAAGAAAGCA